CAUGAUGUGGUCAACAACCUGACUUUAAAUCAUAUACUGAUGUGUGUAGGAGUUUCUCAUCUACAAGGUUGUUUAAUAUUUAAGAGUAAACACGAUAUUAAUGCUAACAUUUUCAAAUCGCCAUUUAUUCGACGCAACUCGUAACUGCUAGACGAUUUUUGUAGUUCUUAUACGUUAAUAUUAAAUUAAAAUAUUUUCCUUGUAUGCGGAUUCAUUUUGUGAAAUCUUUAGGCAUCUUAAAAAAUGGUUCACAGACAGACAGAAUGGAUUCCAGGAAUCGGAUGUUGUUGCAACACAACCAGCAAGACAUUGUGAGAGAUCUAGAUGUUACAUACAUAUUAGAUGAAUUAUUUACAAAGCAGGCGAUUACUUACGAAGAUUUUGAUUAUAUCUUUAAGUUGAAUGAUAGAGCCGAUAAGGUAAGAUAUCUGCUAGACACAAUUAUUCAGAAUGGCAACAACAGCGCGUAUGAGGCAUUUGUAGACAGCCUUGCGAAGGACUACAAGUGGUUGUGGGAGAAACUUGCGCUCGGGAAUAAUAAAGCUAUGAUAGAAGACAGCUUUGAGGACAGCAUUAGUAGGGGAGAUGUGCCCCGACCUCCUGAUCACUUUGUUAGACGACUAGCGCUGGAGCAAAAUGUAACAAAAAAAUUGAAAUCCUUAACGCGUCAUAAGAUCCUCGCUCUACAUGGUAUGUCCGGUUGCGGUAAAACCAGUGUUGCCAUCAGUGUGUUAAGAAAUAACCCAGAUUUGGUUACCGAUAACUUCAACGGUGUUGUAUUUUGGCAGAAUUUAGGGAACUGUAAGACUGAAGAUGACAUUGUUGCUCAACAAAAUAAAUUAUACCGCAAAGCGUCGUCCCUGUGUGCGCACAAUUCAUACAUGAACUCGUCAAUAUCUAUGUCCAGUAUUGGGUCUAACGCAGAUUCAUUAUCCAGUUAUAACUGCACAUGGCAAGACUUGAGGGACAGACUUAAGACCGUGUUCUCCGAACAGACCCUGAAGGAGUCUCUGUUGGUCCUGGAUGAGGUCGAUGAGAAGAAUUGCUUGGAAGCGUUCGAUAUUGGCUGCAAGAUAUUGGUUACGACGAGGGAUACGGAUGUCAUUGUGAAUUUUCAUCCGCAGAUUGUUAAGGUAGAAAACCAUUUCACCGAAGAUGAGUCGCUAAGUCUGUUAGCAUCGUGCGUGGAUCUCCCGACUUCGAAGUUGCCGCGUCAAGCGAAGCGCUUGCACGAGAUCUGCAAAGGCAGUCCAUUUCACAUCGCCCUCAUCGGCGCGGAAUUGGCCGAGAAUAAGGAGAGAUUGGUCCACGACACGCGACAUUGGAAUUAUUAUUUGAAUAAAUUGGAGAAAAAGGAGUAUUUUUUUUUAACAAAACAGAACGACAAACCAAUGAAAACAAUAGAAAUGUGUAUAAACUCGUUAAAACCGGACAUUUUACCGCUCUUCAAAAUGCUUACAAUUUUACCCGAUGGCGCGAAAUUCUCCGCAAAAGUCCUUAGCAAGUUAUGGAAUAAAGAAAUCAGUAAAGUCGAAACUAUAAUGAAACAAUUGCGAAGCAAAUCGCUUAUAAUCGAGUUCUACGAUCAAGAACUGAGGAAUUAUAUAUACGAAAUUCACGAUUUAAUUAUGAAUUAUCUAAAAACAACCCUAACGGACGAUGAAGUUCGCAAAUUGCACUGCGAUUUGCUUAAAAAUUACAAUUACGACGCGAAUAAUGUCCCGGUUGAUAUUGAGGACGACGGUUAUAUUGCGUUUUAUAUCGGAUACCAUUUGUACAACACGAAGAACUUGAAUCUACAGAGUUUGUUUGAGAAGUUGUUCUUGGAUCUCAAGUUUUUGGGGAACAAGGUGCGGCUGACUGGACCGGCUGAUGUUAUCUUGGAUUUGCAGAAAUAUGAAAAUUAUAUUGUGCAUGAUGAGUUAGACAGAGAGCUGCUGUACAAUAUAAAGGCGUAUUUAAGCACACACGGUACUGACCUAUACCGGUACCCCAGUACUGACAUUAUACAGAGUGUUCUCCAACACGAGUCCAAGGGUGCUCUCUACACGAAGGCGUGGGAUAUAGCUCAACAUAGAUGCGCCUUGAACGAACUUUAUUUUGAGUUUUUGCACGAACAAAACGUAGAAGAAAUAAAGUAUUCAACAAUCGAUGCAAAGGAAAUCAUAACCACUGUUUGCUUUUUGGGAGAUUAUGUGGUCGUGGGCACCAUUUCUGGGACUAUUAAGUUCUUCCAAAUAUCGACGAAUAAAUUAAAAAAAGAACUGAUAUGCGGUGAAUCGUCAAUCAAAUGGGUGGGUGUCAGUCCUGUCAGUCCUCCGCGCGUUGCGUCACUCACAUGUGACGGCGUAUUACGGCUGUGGUACAUUGAUGAACUGGACUGCGAGUCGAGUGAUACUAUUGAGGAAGAAUCUGAGGAACCGCUUAACAACAACUACGCAUCAAACAUAACGAUACACCCGAAGCUAGGGCCAUACUUGUCAUGCCGUUGGGCCAACACUGACGAACUAAUAUUCACGCACACGUCCAAAAUAAUCAUUAUAUACAAACCGAACGGAGAAGUGGCUCAAAUAAUAGAUUAUUUGUAUAGAGAUAGAGACAUUUUGUGUUGUGUCCCAUGUAACUAUGACAAGCACGUGAUCGUUGCCAGUGCGAACAGUACGCACUCCUUGGACGUGAUCGAUCUGAAGACGAAGAAGAAAUACUGUUUUGAAGAAACGGACACUGUUUUGGAUAUUUUGACUGUGUCAGAAAACAACAAAAUAAUAACACUAAAAGACAAGGAAAUCUCUGAAUUCGAUUGUAAACUGAGUACGUACAUAAAACAAACGUGCACGAACUGCAAACGUAGAACGAUACUCACCGCACAGACUAUCAAAGAGAACAUAUCAUUCUUGUCUAUGGCAGUCAACAAGACGGGCACUCUUUUGUUUGUGUCAACCGAUGACAGUAGAGUAAUCUGUGUCGAUUUGAAAACCACAGCGUAUAUAUUUGAUCUGGAGAAUCGGAGAGGAAAUGUAGUGACCAUGGCCAUGAGCGAAGUCUUGAUGGACGACUUUGAACCCGGGUCAGAUGUGCUUUUAUCCGGAACGGGGACCAUUGAGAAUUCCUUGAAAGUCUGGUUCCUAGAUCCCACCUAUAUCUCUCAGAGUACACACAAGAAUGGCAAAAUUCGUCUAACAACAACAUUCGAUGCGAGUUUCCUUAACAGUAGUACCCCGCAAACACCUCCUGGGUGUAGUAGCACCCCACAAAGUACCCAUACAACACCCCAAAGACACCAAUCAUUUAACCCCAAGGAUGUCGUCAAAAAGGUUGUUAAAUCUACUAUGAGCCUAGACAGGCACUCGUUGAAGCCUCUGAACUUGAAAGGCAUCUGCAAUGGUAUGAGCGAUGGUGCUGCGCUAAAUCUAUUAGCUGUGGUUGAUGAUAAGAAUAAUAUACAGGUUAUGCGUGGCAGGAAGCUCCUAACAGAAAUACCCACUGAUACGGAAGAAUUAAUCACCACAGUAAAGAUAUCUCCUUGCAACCAACACGUGGUAUAUGGAUUGCAAUCAGGCAUCGUAAGGAAGUACUAUCUUCGAACCAAGGAAAGCCGGGAUAUCAUGGAUGUAUACAGCUCGGUCCAAUACCUUAAUUUCGUGAAUGAAAGUGUGCUGGUGGUUGCUGGAAAGAAUCGCUGUAUAAUGGCCUAUAGGAUGAUGGAAAGUGGCGAGUGGAAGCCGGAGAUGCUGCAGAGGGGGAAUUGUAAUUUGGGAUCUCAGGAGCUGCUAAAUGAUCUUCAGGGACUGAAGAAAAAAUACCAAGGUGACCAGAUAUCCAACUCAAGCAGCGAACUAAGCAUGACCUCACGUCAUUUCUCCAAUGGCGAGCACAAGGAGAAGCUUUGUAGACCAAGCAAUUUGGUAGACUGUUACUGGGUUAAGUCCAUUGGCCUCAUCAUUGUUGAGUCCAACGCAACCAUUAAACUGUGGGACGAGGAGCUGAAACUGAUCAGCGUGUUGAACGGGAGGCAAACAGAUGUCUAUAUAAAGUGUUCGGCGCUUCAGAAUAAUAUCCUCGUGAUUUGUGAUGACCAUAAUAUGGCGUUUCAGACGUUCGAGUUAAAGCGACGUGAUAACAUCGUACUAAACGUGAUACAAGAGAGUAAGCUGAACAAUAGGAUCACGUGUUGUGCGCUAACAACUGAUGGUCACGUGCUCGCUAUGGGACUAGACUCGGGGGAUGUAGCGGUAUGGAAUGUACCAAACAAGCGCCAGCUCCGACUCCUCAAACACCACAAAAGCAAGGUCCAAUGGUGUGGUUUCUCCCCCACUCCGGACAAGCUUUACCGGUCCCCAUCAUCACAUUCGCCCUCCAUCGGGAUUAACUUGGAUGAUGAUGAACAGCCUCCCUUGGUGCUGGUCACCAUGGCCAGCGAGAUCGUCUGGUGGAAUAUCACAUAUCUCAUACGCAUGAGGAGUAGGGGGUGGAAAAGCGGCUGGAAUGUCGUCACCCCAGUAGCAAGUCCACUGGAACCAAAGAAUGAGAGCUUCUCAAAUGAAUCGAGUUCAAAUAACAAUUUCUUCUUUGGCAACAACCCGUUUAGUCCUGAAUACUGUUGGAAACGCCAUUGGAAGCGAAAGACAUGCAAAGAAGGUUCAAAACGCAAAGAAAUACUGGCUUGUAUCAAACUAUCCGGUAUGUACGCCAAAACCUUAUGUCACGAUGACAAGUUCUCUUGCUUUGUGACAGUUGACAAUCCCGGACACGUUCAUAUUAUGUCACUUAUGGACGCCAAUUCGCCUUAAAUGCAAUAAUUAAUAAGAAUGAAUUUAAAUUUGGUUACUCUUUUCCAGAAUUUUUAGGAAAUUUAAUAUUGCUUCACAAAAAUCAAUAAUUUAGAGAAAUUCGAUGUUCCCAAAGCUCAAAGUAAUUUAACGUAACAACGAAGUCUUUGUAACGGUUGUAUUUGAUAGCUUUUUUGUUCCAUAUUCCUUUAAGUUGUAAAAACUCCGCCUAUUCAAUAUCCAUUAAAUUAAGGUUUAAAUUGUUGCAUUAUGCUAUAUGCUAUAUAGCAUGCUAUAUGCUAUAUAUAGCAUUAUGCAACAAUUUAAAUGCUAUAUACUCUAAACUGCCAUUGUCUAUUCUGGUGCAUUUACAUAGUUCUCAUUAGUUUUAUUAUAAUAACCGUAAAAGACACUAGAAAUGGCGUAGAUAUUUGUGUUCGAAUCGCAUUAUCUGUGAUUCCUACGUCAAUUCGACUUACAUUGUUCUUAAAGGUGCGUUAGGGGCCUCAUAGCCUAGCGGUCUUAUUAAAUGGCAGCUAGGUGAGGGGUACCGGGUUCGAUUCCCGGUUCGAGGGCAAGUUUUAAUUUAAUUUAAAUUUGUUCUCGGCCUUUGGGAGG